AUGAACCGCGUUUUCGCGAUGAUGGGGCGGCGAGAACAAGUCGGCGACGACGACGAGGGCGAGAAGAAAUUGGAGCUCCUGAGAGCGGUCAGAUUGUCGCAGACGCGGGCCAGAGAAGCCGAGAAGAGAUCCGACAGCCUGGGGAAGGAGAAGGACUGCCUGUCCAAUGCCUUGUUGGGCCAGUCCUUGCAGCUGUCUGCGUAUCGCCGAUGGGCCAGGCUGCUCGAGGCCCAUAUUCUCAAGCUCGAAGCAGAGCUGAAAGAUGGCGCCACCAAGUCCUGCUCCAGGUGCACUAGUGGUGGGGAUGAUGAUGAUGAUGAUGAUGCAGGGGAGAGAAUGCCGUGGUUGGUCGCCAUUGCUUUCUGUUUUGGUGCCGGAAUUGUGCUUGGUUUCACCUACUGGUUUUCAGACUAA